AUGCCAGAGAAGGAAUGGUUCAUACCACUGACAUACUGGACAGCCACGGCGGCAAACAAAAACAAGAGCGGCACUCCGACGGAUCAGUACAUUGUCAAAGAAGCCUAUUCUCAAAAGCACGACAAAAAUGUAGCAGUUAAGAUUAUUAACCGUAGGCUUGCUCCAGAUGAUUUCAGAACAAAAUUUUUGCCACGUGAAUUAGAGAUCAUCCGGCAUGUGCGGCAUCCUAACAUCAUUCGCAUUUACGCUCUUUUGAAUCACGAAGAAAAAGUUUGUGUUGUCAUGGAGAAGGCAGCGCAUGGAGAUUUACUGGAGCACAUUAAGAAAAAUGGCUCCCUACCGGAAGGUAUAUGCAAGAGCAUGUUCAGGCAGCUUGUUGAUGGGCUGAAGUAUUUACAUGCUAAAGACGUUGUGCACAGAGACUUGAAAUGUGAGAAUCUACUUUUAGAUGAGUGUGACCAUCUCAAGGUGGCCGAUUUUGGAUUUGCACGCGUCAUCAGUGACACUAAACUCAGCGAGACUUUCUGCGGUUCCGCCGCGUAUGCGCCUCCCGAGAUACUACAAGGUAUUCCGUACCAUCCCAAAUCCGCGGAAAUCUGGAGUAUGGGUGUCAUUUUGUACAUCAUGUUAGUUGGAAUGAUGCCAUACGACGACAGUGACGUCAAAGCCAUGAUAAAAGUGCAGCUCAACAGCAAAGUGAGCUUUCCAGAAAAGAAGAAACUGACACCUGAAGUAAAAGCACUGGUACAUUGGAUGUUGGAGCCUAGGUUGGACAAACGAGCCAGUCUGGAUGACAUCUUGGCAAGUGAUUGGUUCAACAGCUAA